ACUCCGCUGCAGUGUAUUUAAGAGCAGAUGGCGUCCGGCCAGAGUCAGUCGUCAGCCCCUGUCUGAACACAGCAACCCAACCCCAAGCACCAUGAUGAAGCUGGUUAUCUUCGCCGCCGUCCUGGCCGUCGCCGCCGCCGCCCCUGGUGGUCUGUACGGCGGUUACGGAGACCUGGGCCUCGGCAGCAUCGCCGUGGCACACGCCCCCGUCGCUGUCGCCCACGCCCCCGUCGCCGUAGCCCAUGCUCCCGUCGCCACGUCGUACGCCAACGUGAACCUGGUCUCCCGCCCUGCCGUGGUGGCCGUCCAGCCCACUUACGUGAAGACCAUCGCCACCCCCGCCAUCCACGCCCCCAUCUCUUACGGCCACGGCUGGUAAUCUCUAGUCCAAAUGGAAGUAGAGGAACGAUGACAACUCUCAGUUCCUUACUCGACGCCGCCACAAUCGACAAGAUACUGUGAAACCACAAUAAGUCAUCGACAUCAACAUGUGCCACGACCGAUAGAUAUACUUCAAGCUUUUCUCGUAAAUUAAAUUUUUAUUUAUAAUUUUCUUCAA